CACACUCUAGAUUCCCCACACAACUGGAAAGAGAUCCUGGAGAGAGAGAUAGAAUCUCUGUAGACUACAGCAACUCCCCGUCCCUGAUCCUCCAGUCUGCCCUGAUGCUGCCCUGAGUACCCAGGUGGGCACAGAUGGGGGUGAGAUCAUGGAUUUUGGAGGUCUUAUUCAGAGCUGACCUGGCAUUCAGCAACGGCAGCCACAGACCUGAGGGCUGGCUGGUAGGAUAACCACAAUUCCCCAGGUUGGAGGAAUUGUCGACCAAAUACUCAGAAGGAUAAAUUCCCCAGGAUUUUGGGGGAACCUGAUGUAAAUUAAACCAAGCGAAACUCUCUGGGAUGCCAGUUCAGAAGGGUUCUGCUUUCCCAGCCCAUGGGUUGGCCUCAGCUUACUGCCAGCACCCUCCCAGUCACCCCUCCCUGCUCUCUUCCUCCCCAGAAAUAACUGUGUUCAUUGUGCAAUUUUGAUUUCCUUGCUUUUUAAAGAGCUGUUUCUAAGUCCUGCACUGGUCUCUGAGCUUGGGAGCAUCAGACGGGUGUUCAUUCCCAGUGGCUACUCCCCCAGCGUGGGAUAAGACUGAAGUCAAGCUUUUGCUGGCAUCAGUGUUUUUGGUCAAAGCCCAGCAGCAGAGAGAGCUCUUCAAGACAAGAUCACCUCUGAAGAUGGAAGCAUCCCAGAGAAAUGUUAAUUCGUACCUUGCCCUUUCUAUCUUCAACCUGCUGUGUUGCUGUCUGCCACUUGGAAUCGCAGCUCUUGUCUUCUCUCUCCAGGUAAGUCUACUUUGGGGUUCUUUGCCUCACUCUGCAUAAGAGAAUGCUGAACAUCCAGCUCUUAAAAACAUCCAUCGGGCAGAGGAGGGAUGUUUGCAUUUAUAUGUUAGAUGCUAGAUGCUAGAUGCUAGAUAAAUUUAUUGUCAUUGUCCGUAUAUACACAGUAUACACAACAACGAAAAUCAAACACCCACUCGAAGACCGGGUUCACAUACACAUUUGCACGUAUCUCCAACACUCUCAUCCUAUUCAGACAUAAUCUAUAAAAACAUAUCAUACUCCAGAAUGUAACAUAACCUAUUAAAAGCAUAACAUAACCUAAAAACCUGUCUCAUUCCUUCCUACUCCCUGCUUGCUAUUCCUUGCAACUGGCCCUGAGAUCAUUAUUUAGUGCAAUCAGAGCUCUUGGAUAGAAACUAUUCAGAAGGCGUGUGGUUCGUGUUUUCAUUGUCCUAUAUCUUCUGCCCGAAGGCAACAGUUCAAAGAAGUUGUGAGCAGGAUGGGUGGGAUCUCUCAGGAUAUUGUGUGACUUCUUCAAAGUGCGAGACGUGAAGAUCUCAUCCAGGGUUGGUAGUUGGAGCCCAAUAACAUUCUGGGCAAUUUUAAUUAUUCUCUGUAAAGCUUUUUAUCCGUUUCAGAGCUGCUCCCAUACCACGAUAAUAGACUAUAUGUUAAGACACUCUCGAUGGUACUGUGAUAAUAGGACAGAAGUAGGUGCUGAGAUAGAUUCAGUCCCCUGAGCAUUCUCAGGAAAUACAACCUCCCUGCACCUUCCUCACAACCAUAUUAAUAUUUACAGUCCAUGAGAGGUCCUCAGAGAUGUAAGUGCCCAGGUAUUUAAAACUACCAACCCUCUCCACCUCCUCGCCAUUUAUGUGCAAUGGUAAAAAUACGCUUUUCUUUCUCCUAAAGUCAAUUAUGAGUUCUUUGGUUUUUUUGGUGUUAAGCAUAAGAUUGUUUUCUUUACACCAUUGAAUUAACCCCUGUACUUCUUUCCUAUAAGCAGUCUCAUCGUUCUCACUAAUGAGCCCCACCACUGUUGUAUCAUCCGCAAAUUUGAUGAUUGUGUUGGACUCAUACAGUGGGGUGCAAUCAAAUGUGUACAGGGAAUAGAGAAAGGGACUUAGCACACAUCCCUGAGGGGCUCCUGUGCUUAAUACUAGAGUAGAAGAAUAGUAAGGGCCCAUUCUCACUGUCUGCGGCCUAUCAGUCAGGAAAUGUGCACAUGUGUGAAUGUUUAGUACGCUUGUGCGUACUUUAUGCACAGUGUCUUCCUCCACUAAAAAUUCCAACAAUUUCCUCAACAUGAAACGUUUGAUCACAGAUUUCUAACUGCCCUGGAGAAUGGAUUUGUAAAAGGGCUUUGCGUUUUUGCAUGUGGGGUGGUUUGUGUCUGGAUGUUGUGGAGGGCUUUUGGUGUUGGCAGGCAUGAAAAUAUUCGUCAAAGACGCAAGCAGCAUAGUACAUUGCUUUGCAAAUUAAAGACAUUCAUGAAUUUUGGAAUUGCUAGUAGAUUUUAUCUGUGCUCCCCCCUUUUUUUAAAUUCUCUGCAGAAGUUUGGUGCAGGGUUGGAAGAUGCCAAUAUUGGCUGUUGGGAACAACACACAUUUCUAUUAGCAGCUUUCAGUACCAUCAACCAUGGUAUCCUUCUGGACCACGCUGGUGGGAUGGGACUUGGAGGCAUUCUUCUAUGGUGGUUCUGUUCCUUCCUGGAGGAGUGAACCCAGAAAGUGUGGGGGGGGGCUCCUGUUUGACACCUUGGACAUUGGCUGUGGGGUCCCUCAGGGUUCUGUUCUGUUCCCUAUACUAUUUAUCAACUGCAUGAAACUACUGGGAGAGGUUGUCCAGAGCUUCAGGGUUGGGUGUCAUCAAUAUGCUGAUGACACCCAGCUCUAUUUCUCCUCCCCACCUGAAUCCACAGAAGCUGCCUUGCUUCUAAACUGGUGUUUGUCAUCAGUGGUGGACUAGAUGUGAGUGAGCAAAUGGAAACUUAAUCCAUACAAGAUAGAGCUGCUCUUGGUCAGUCAGAAGGCAGAACAGGGAAGAGGGAUUCAGCCUGUGCUGGUUGAGGUAACACUCCCCCUGACACCGAGAAGAGAUAUGUUAGUCAUCUUCAGGCAUCUAAAGGGCUGUCACAUGGAAGAGGGAACAAGCUUGUUUUCUCCUGCUCUGGAGGGUAGACUCGAACUCAUGGCUUCACGUCACAAGAAUGGAGAUUCCAACUAAACACCAGGAAUAACUUUCUGAUGGCAAGAGCUGUUUGGCAGUGGAACAGACUCCCACGAGAGGUGGUGAACUCUCCUUCCUUGGAUGUUUUUAAGCAGAGGUUGGGUCGCCAGCUGCCACAAAUACUUUAGUUGAGAUUCCUGCACUGCAGGGGGUCAGACUAGAUGACUUCCAGGGUCCCUUCCAAUACUACAGUUCCAGCAUUCUAUGAUUCUAAAACACAGCUUUGCAGUGUGGAAAAAGAUGGAUCGAUCUAUAAUCAAAUUAUAAAUGUUUAAUGCUUUGCCCUAAGCCACUGGCCAGGGGUGGGGUGCGGCGUGUUUCUUAAACCCCACAGAUGCAUGGGCCAUGAGAGCAUCUGGAGAAAAGAUUGACUCUGGCAGGGUUUGAAAAACAAAAGCACUCUCCCUGCCCACAUGCCAAACACACACACUGUUCUUGGCUUACGGAGCUGUCUGGUGUGUCUGCUGCAAAUGAGAGAAUCGGAACCAGGAGAAAGAGUUUAGAAAAUGCCACUUGGGCAGAAUCCGUGACCAGGGAGAAGAGUCGGUGGAAGAAGAUUGGAAGAAAUUUAAAGAUUAUUUACAGAAACAUUGCAAAAUCAACGAAUGUUAGAGUGAUGUUGGAUUGAAGUUAAGUGGCUUCUAGCUGAACAGGUUUUAAAGCUAUAAACAUAUCAAGAUUAAGGAUUAGGACCAAAAAGACUAAGAGAAAUGGAAAAAUUGGUUCAAUUAAUGUUAUAAUAUAUUAUGAUUUAGGACUGGAAUUAAAAAGGAGGGAAAGAAAUUGCUGGGAUUACAAAUUGAAUUGGAAUACAAAAGAGGGAGGUAUGAGGAAGUCCGGGAAACAAGUAAAUUUAAAAGAGGUUAUGAAAGGAUGGAACUAUUUUAAACUGUUUUUUCUCUUUUUAUUUCUUCUUUUUUUACUUUCUCCUAUUUUGUACUUUGUAUUUUGUAUGGUGUAUUUUUCUUUGUUUUUGUUAAAAUUUUCUUGUUUAUCAAUGUGAUUUUAUUCUUUCUGAAACUUUAAUAAAUAUUAAUUUUAAAAAAAAAUACAAAAUGCCACUUGGGAAUCCAUUUUGCAAAUUUCUGGAGACUGGAGGGCUGGAAGCGAUUUCACAAUGCAAUUAAAAGAUGCACAAAACAAUUGCGUGCAUAAAAACAGUUGAAACAACUGCACCCAUCAGGAACAGUUUCAAAUUCAAUACAGAUGCUAACUAUUUCAUUAGGAAGGGGGGUGGGGGGUGGGAAAUCACUCCAGCUUAACAGAUGCUUGCCUUUCGCAGUCCUGGUGGCUUAGAAAAGAGAACCUCUGCAUAUCCCUAGGACUAGCCUCUCCCUAAGGCUGCGGGCAGCCUGUGAUCUGUCAGGUAGUGUUGGGCUUUGCCACCUGGCCUCACUGGGAAGGGCUGCAACUCACUGGUAGAGCAAUGGCAUUGCUUGUCAUGGGUCUUGGGUUCAAAUCCCAGGCAGCAUCUCUGGGAAGGGCUGGGGAAGACUCCUGUUGAAACCAUGGAGCACUGUUAGCUAGUCAGUCUCAACCAGCCUUGGUGCCCUCCUGGUGUUUUGGACUACAACUCCAUCAGUCCAGUGCCCAAGAGAGGCUGGAGGGUACCAGUCUGGUGAAGACUGCUGUGUAGUUGGUGAUACUGAGUUGGAUGGCUCAAUCGACUCUAUGCAAGGCAGCUUUGCAAGUUCCGCUUCUGCUUUCUAUUAACAACGAUCAAAUGUGGUCAUAAAUAGAGAGCCAGUGUGGUGUAGCCGUUAAGGAGUGUCAGACUAGGACUAGAGUUCGAAUCCCCACUCUUCCAUGAAGAGUGACUCUCUGGCUGACCUUGAGCAAGUCACUCACUCUCAACCUAACCAUAGCUGUCAACGUUUCCCUUUUUUAAAGGGAAAUUCCCUUAUUCUGAAUAGCAUUCCUUGCAAGAAAAAGGGAAAAGUUGACAGCUAUAAGCCUAACCUACCUCACAGGGUUGCUGUGGGGAUUAAUUGAGGAGUGGGCAAACUAUGUACACCAGCUUACUAAUAAGAAUAAUAAAUAUAAAAGCUUUUCACACAGCUCCAAAAUGGCUUAACAGCGUAUGGUUCUUUUAAACAAAGUGGAUGGAUGAGGGAGAGCGUCGGAAAGGGAGACAACUAUGCUUUUCCAAAAAUUUAGGCGAGGUUUUUCUCCCAUGCGGACUGUGUGCUCCCAAGGCAGAUCCGACAGCCCCAACAUUCUUGGCUGAGGAGCUCUGCCAAAUACUCCCUUUGCUGCAAAUGACCCCAAGGAGGAGGACAAACAACUUAAAGCUGUAAGGAACAUUGCUAGAUCCACCCAUACAAUCAAAUCAGGACAGAUAAAGUAAAUCAGCGGCAAAACAUUGCAUACCCUCCCACAUUCAACAGAUGAAAACAGAGCUGUUCCAGUCCACAUCAGUAUCACUGCUAAUUAGCUGUAUUUACUGAUAAGAGUUCCCUUUUCCCCUCAGGCAUCCUUAAAGGCAAUACAUAAAUACAAAUAUUUUGGUGUUUAAAAUACUGCUGUUUUGCGUGUUUCCUCUAAUAGCUUUUGUACUGACCAGAAGGGACGCAGGUGGCGCUGUGGGUAACACCUCAGUGCCUAGGACUUGCCGAUCAUACGGUCGGCGGUUCGAAUCCCCGCAGCGGGGUGAGGUCCUGUCGUUCGGUCCCAGCUCCUGCCCACCUAGCAGUUCGAAAGCACUCUUAAGUGCAAGUAGAUAAAUAGGGACCGCUUUAUAGCGGGAAGGUAAACGGCGUUUCCGUGUGCUGCGCUGGUGCUGGCUCGCCAGCUGCAGCUUCGUCACGCUGGCCACGUGACCUGGAAGUGUCUUCGGACGGCUCACAGCCUCUAGAGCGAGAUGAGCAUGCAACCCUAGAGUCGGACACGACUGGCCCGUACGGGCAGGGGUACCUUUACCUUUACUGACCAGAAGGAAAUGCUCAAAGCAGUGAUACUGAUAGAAUGUCCCUGUUUUUAUCUUGGGAAUGUUGGAGGGCAUAACAUUGUGUUUUCCAGGGAUGCUUCUCGAAAUCCAGGGGGCACUGAAUUGCUGCAGCUUGUUUUGCCUUUGCCACAGGGUGCCUUUGGAUCUGGUCUUUCUCCAAGACCUGGCCUUAAAUUCUAGUCUGCCCCAGAACUCUGGGCCCACAGGUCUCCCAUUGUGCUUGGGACAUCAGUUGGGUGGAGAACAUCACAACCAUCAUCAAACCUUUUAUUGGCAUCACAUCCAAACAUCCAAAACAAAUCAAUACAGAAUUACCACUUCCCCAGUGGCACAAAACAUUUGCUAAAAGAAAGGCGCGGAACAGUCUAUCGUCACAUCUCUAGGUCUCCAGGGAGAUAAGACGUCUGCAGUGUAUUUCAACGACAAAAAACCAAAUAGAGAUAUUUAGCCACUAACUUGGUGAGCUCCUGAUCAUUCCCCAGUAAUAUAAAAUGUAUGACCUCCAACUCUGGUUUCCAUUUGGGGAUGCAGAGUUGAUCUAGAAAUUGCUGAUGGAGAUCAGCAUAUAGUUUACAAUUAAGAACCAUAUGUGUAAGGGUUUCCACCAGGUGGUCUUCACAUGGGCAAGUUCUUUCUCCUUCCACCCUGCCUGAGAACCUUCCCCAAAGGAGGUUUGAUGGAUUUGGAACAUCACAAUGGAUCAGGAUACUGGAAAGAGACGCUCCCAGGUCUCGUCUCCAGCUCCACCAAGUUUACACCCAUUCCAGAAGCAGUGGUGGUAAGAGUGUUAUAAAAAAAGGAGGAGAUCUUAAGGAAGGAAGAGCAUUUGGACAAGUUGGGAGCUGGCAGAUAACCUUCCCCUCCAGGCUUCCCUUCUUGCUGUUUUCCAAUGCCCUCAGCAGAAUUAUUUUGCAGGGGUUGCGGCGCUCAUCUCGCUUUAUUGGCCGAGGGAGCCGGCGUACAGCUUCCAGGUCAUGUGGCCAGCAUGACUAAGCCGCUUCUGGCGAACCAGAGCAGUGCAUGGAAACACUGUUUAUCUUCCCACCACAGCGGUACCUAUUUAUCUACUUGCAUUUUGACGUGCUUUUGAAUUGCUAGGUUGGCAGAAGCUGCGACAAAGCAACGGGAGAUCACCCCGUUGCGGAGAUUCGAACCGCCGACCUUCUGAUCGGCAAGCCCUAGGCUCUGUGGUUUAACCCACAGCACCACCCGCAUCCCAUUCACUUUUCUUAGGGUUACCCCAUUUCAAAAAAGGGAAAAUCUGGACAUGGGAACUUCUGACGUGGGCCGCCAUACCCCUGGGUUUUCCCAGACAUUUUUUUACCAAUUUUCAGAAAUUCCAUCCGGACGCUAUUUCCAAUGGACAAAUCCCAGAUAUGUCUGGGAAAUCCCAGACCUAACUUGUUCCUUAGAAGUAUACCUUUUCUUUACGCUGCACUUCUGCACUGUUGGGUGAGCUAGAGUUAAGGAGAGAAGUAUAGACUCCCACAAUACACCAAAUAAAAAUUAGCCUCUUUGUUUAGCUGGGAUAUUUCCUAGCAAGGGUGCCAGCCCUUUUGACCCCCCGCCUAUAUUUUUGGGUUAAGGCCCAGGCCCCCAAGACAGAAGGCACAGAGGCAAAACAUGGAGACAACUGUGGCAGGGCUUCAGUGGCCACUUCCUUCCCCUCCUCUUCCUUCCGUGGAGGAGGGGGUCGAAGCAGCCUCUCACUAGUGGCACUGCCAACAUAAGGAAAAGGAGGAGCUGCCGGCCACUGAAGCCGUGUGGCCACCAUGUUUGCCUCCACCCCCAGCUCCUCCCGACGUCCUGACAUCAUGCGUACAACAUUGCAGAGGGCCUUCUUGAUAGUGGCACCCACCCUGUGUAACGCCCUCCCAUCAGAUGGCAAGGAAAUAAACAACUCUUCGACUUUUAGAAGACAUCUGAAGGCAGCCCUGUUUAGGGAAGUUUUUAAUGUUUGAUGUUUUAUUACUUUAUUAUCAUUAUUAUUAAUAUUCUGUUGGGAGCUGCCCAGAGUGGCUGGGAAAACCCAGCCAGAUGGGCGGGGUAUUAAUAAUAAUAAUAAUAAUUCCUCCCCGAAUCGCCCUCGCAAGCUGGCACCUCUGCUUCCUAGAGCUGAUAACCGGAUGUUAUUACAGAGGUGGAUUUAGGGGAGCAUGACCGGUGGCAAGAAUCAUCAUCAUCAUCAUCAUCAUUUUAUUUGUAUGCCAUCUUUCCACAGUUAAAACAAUGCUCAAGGCAUUAAUUUCUCUCUCCUUCCCCAGGCGAGAAGCGCCAGCAAUGAAGGAAACAUCAAUCAAGCCGCAAGCUCUUCCCGCACGGCCCGCAUCCUGAAUAUCAUUGGGAUUGUCAUUGGAGCAAUUAUGUUCGUGAUUAUUAUAGUGAUUGUUGCUGUCGGUUCGAAAAAUAAACCCUAAGAGGAGAUGUCCCUCACGCUUCCUCUCAGAGAGUGCUCCUGUGAUGGCCCUUGGGAGUGGAUGCAGCGUAUUCUUACAAGGGCGUCCUGAUCCAAGUAGUCACGAUCCACCAGCAAAAUUGUCAGUUCAAAGAGACAAUGCUACAAAGCCGCAGUUUUUCUGAAGUGGGAGGGCUCUUUUGUACUAUCUCUGAUUAAUUGCUUUGCUUUCUUUUUUGGGGGGGGGGAACCCACCCUACUCAAUCAUGCUUUGCAUGCUUCAAGAGCAUGGUGACACAUAACCCAAUAAAACAAAUGAAUGAACAGAUGAA